AUGUGGGUACUGGCUGACCACUGCUUGUACAUGUACAUUGGUGCAGGCCAGAGGUGUGGGGGUGGUACUGGCCGACCUCUGCUUGUACAUGCACAUUGGUGCUGGCCAGAGCUGUGGGGAUGGUACUGGCCGACCUCUGCUUGUCCAUGCACAUUGGUGCUGGCCAGAGCUGUGGGGAUGGUACUGGCCGACCUCUGCUUGUCCAUGCACAUUGGUGCUGGCCAGAGCUGUGGGGAUGGUACUGGCCGACCUCUGCUUGUACAUGCACAUUGGUGCUGGCCAGAGCUGUGGGGAUGGUACUGGCCGACCACCCAACAUCAUGGUCAAGAACCCAAGUAUCUAAAACAACUCAAGAAUGAUAAGGAAAGUGUGGGUUUCCUCAUGGUAUUGAUGAGAGAGCCGGCCGGUGCAUGUCCAGGCCAUGUACAGAAAGGCAGGCCGACACCUCAGGCAUUGAUAACAGAGCCGGCCGGAUCAGGACCAUGGACCAUGGUGUGUACAAGAAGGCAGGCCGACACAUCAGGCAUUGAUAACAGAGUUGGCCGGAUCAGGACCAAGAGUCGGCCGGAUCAGGAUCAUGUGGUGUACAAGCAGGCAGGCCGAUACUUCAGACAUUGA